AUUUUGCCGGAUGUCGUUUUGCCUGUUCGCGGGAAACCUCACAUUUUUUCCUGUGUCACUUGUUCACACAUUUGAGCCGCGUUCGCCAGUCUGCGUAAGCGCCAGUCCAGUCCUUAAGAAGUAAAACGCACACCAUGGCUGAGUCGGAACCCACACCCGAGCAGCUGGCCGCGCUCGCUGCAGCCGCCGAGGAGCCCGACUGUCCGGUCAACUACAAACCUCCAGCGCCGAAGAGCUUGCAGGAGAUCCAGGAUCUUGACAAGGAUGAUGAGAGCCUGCGCAAGUACAAGGAGGCGUUACUGGGCAGCACUGCUGUGAGUGCAGAUCCAAACAAACCAAACAUCCAGGUGACGCGAAUGACUCUGCUAUGUGAGGCUGCACCAUGCCCUUUGGUACUUGAUCUGCAGGGAGAUCUGGAGAACUUUAAGAAGAAUCCAUUUGUGUUAAAAGAAGGUGUGGAGUACAGAAUAAAGAUCAAUUUCAAGGUUAACAAGGAGAUUGUAUCGGGUUUGAAGUACAUUCAGCAGUCAUUCAGGAAAGGAGUAAAGGUUGACAAGUCGGACUACAUGGUGGGCAGCUACGGGCCUAGACCCGACCAAGAGUACGAGUUCCUCACAACCGUUGAGGAGGCCCCCAAGGGCAUGCUGGCCCGCGGCACGUACAACGUCAAGUCCAAGUUCACCGACGACGACAAACACGAUCACCUGUCCUGGGAGUGGAGCCUCACCAUUAAGAAGGACUGGAAAGACUGACAUGUCCCAACAAUUUCCUUUGCUUUCUUUCCUCUUGCUUGUCAUUCCAUUGUCUUUGUUUUUUCCUGAUUGUUUUCAUCCUCUCCGUCCACGGACGUCACCCUUCCUCGCACUUAUGCUUUCAACUGUAUUUUUUAAAGUAUUAAAUCCUGGAAUUGGAGAUGGAAACAUGCACAAUAUUUUGUGAUGUUUAUUUGGGCAUUCGUAGUUUCAAAUUUUCUUGUAUGAUCCUUGUCUUGUUCUGCUUUUCAUACUUCUGUUUGUCAGGUUUUUUUUAAUGAUCACCAUGUCUGCCUUGGGAAACUACAGGAGCAGUGCUGUAUGUAUUGAGUGUGUGGGGCAGCUGCAUGAUUACUUUACAUCGUUCUUGGACACAGCCCUUCUAAAGCCUUUGAGCAGAUUUGUCGACUUGGUAGAAUAUUUCGAAUUCAGGUCACCUCUUUAUUUUCCCUCCCCAGUCGUUUCUGAGCAGAAAAAGUUGUUUCAUCCUUCUCAUUUUCUUUUAUUGCAGCCUAUUGCCUUUUAACAUGGACCAUCAGGAAAGAUUAAGACCUUUUGCCUUCAGGUUUUAAUUCAACCUGGAAAGUCUUAAUUUUUUUUUUUUUUUUUUUUUACUCAUGCAUGUUUUAAGGCAAAUAUGCUCGUAAGCUUUCUGAAUGCAUACACGCACAUGCUCCCAAGUGGCAUCUUAUCUACCAUCACAAAUGUGGGGAUGAAGAGUCCCAUAUAGUGUCGUAUUUUUCUUACUGUGACUGAGGCUGCAGCUUCAUUCAAAUCUUCCUGGUGUUUGGGUUGGGUUUGAAUCGGUGCGCGCUACAUGCUGCCCAUUGUUGUAACGAGCUCCUGUGAUGAAAUUAAAAUGUUAAAAUUUCCA